AUGACGUUUGAGGAAAAGCUGCUGCUUCAGCAGCUAGGGAGACUGGCCUCCACACCCUAUGACAAGGACAACAAAAACCACGAGCAGAGGCUGCUGCAGAAGUCUGCAAAGAAGAAGACCCUCGUUGGCGAGAGGUUGGCUUCCAGUGGCAGUCCUGUGCUGUACUUGUCUUUGGUUUUAUUUCUGUCUCUCUUUGUUGUCUCCUCCUCGGGUUUCUGUCUGUGUGUGCUGUCUCCUUUGAUUAUAACUACUUAUUCUCUCUAUGUCCUCACUCUCUGUCUGUCUCCAUCUCAGAGUGCAGACCCGCGGAGAGACUUCCGGGGGGGAGGUUUGCUUGCCCUUGAAAAUCUUUGUUUCUUUCGUCUUCGCUACCCAGUUCAAUUUGAGUCUUUUUCUAGGAAGAGCUAUGAAGCGGGGUUCCCUAUGGCGGCUGCUUUCAUCAAUGUCACGCACAUGCUGACUGCCUAUCUCCGGCUAACAGCGCCUUCAGGUUUGGGUGGCGGCGAGCUGCAAGCCCCCCGUCGGGCGGUGCGUAGCUUUCUGCGUCUUUGCCUGAGUGCUGCUGCAGCCGAGGAAGAGACAGAAGAGUAUUUCCCUCCAGAGGCUACAGCGCUGAGGCCCUCUAUCCCCGGCCCCAGUAGAUCAAACGGAUCGCUGCGUCCCCCCUCUGGUUUGUCUUUGCCUCCUGGGAGGCGACUGCGGCGUAGGGCUUCCUUUUCAAAGCAUGCGACAGCUUCUAUGGAAGUGGGGAGAGUGACGGAGAGGCGCGCACUUACCGUCUUUGGACAUUUAUUUGCUUGCGCAUGCAUUCGAUUAGACUACGAACUCGCUGUAAGAGGGGCUUGGCAGCAUGAAGGGAAGGACCCCCCCCUUCAGUCUCCACGCCACGUGCUCAGCCACUUACCCAACCAUCGCAGACUGCAGCAGGUCUCCCUCCAGGCCUCCCGGGGCCUGUCGAGGGCCCUGCAGCAGCACCGCCACGGCGGCAGAGAGACAGUGCCUGCAAGCGAGAAGGCAGUGGCAUCGAACGGGGAGGAUAGCCGGCCAUUGCAUGCAUCGGGGGAGUCUCUUUUGACCCCACAAGAGGGGAAGGUUGGCGCCCAUGGCUUGUCUACCAGGUCUCUGCUUGCACCCGACGAUACAAUUAGCAGCCCCACAUCUGGGAUGGGAUCGGGAGGAACGUCUCCGAGAUCUUCGGGAGGACAGAGUUAUCCUCAGCCUCAUCAGGGGCUGCCUGGCCCAGCAUCGAUCCCUGGGGAGCUGCAGCAGCAAAGGCCUUGCGCAGAAGAGCCCCCAGACAAUCUGCUGCAUCGACGGGCGCAGCUGUGCUUUGGGGAGGCCCUCAAAGAAGUUAGGAAUGCGGUAGACGCUGUGCUGUGCGACGGAGCUGUAGAGACCGUCUCCGAUCUGCAGGCUAUUUGCCGGGGCUGCUGGUCGUAG